UACCUGCUGACCGGAGAGGAUUUCAUGGUGGUGAGGGAAUCCGGUGAGCUGAUCUCGCGGAGGGUGAAUUGUAUCGGAUCCGGUCGCUCCAAGGACAGUCGGGGUGCAACUGUCGCCCUGAAACCUCUCACAGUUCCAAGCAAAGGAAAGGGUGACGAGAGCAUCCUGAAACUGACCAGCAAAAUCAUUCAUCUGCUGACAGGAGAGGUUCGGCGGUUUGUAAGACGUGAAGAUGGAAGCAUUGCUGAGAAUUCUCAACCUGCCCCAUCUCUAGGAUUCGAUGGAUCAAGCAACAGAAACCCACCACAGAGAUGUCCCCGUCCUCUGUACUCCCAGGAUUCCACAGAGGAGGAGGAGGAGGAGGAUGACCCAAUCGAACAGGAAGACGAUCAUGGUGACAACGUCAUCAGCAUUAAAGUUGAAGAUGAAGGAGACCCAUCUGUGAGGGGCGGUGAGCCAUGCAAGGAGGAGGACAGUCCUCCCGAAAUCAGCACAGGUGGAUCCAGUAACGGAAAUACCCCAGAAAGAUCUCCCCGUCCCCUGAAUUCCAGGGAUUCCCCACAGGAAGAUCAGGAGGUCCUUCACCAUGAUCAGGCUGAAAACCCGGACAGAGUGAGAGUUGUCAUUGUGCCGCAUGCAGAGGAUGGAGACGAGGACAUGAAGGGCAUUCGGACAGAGGUCAGCCCGGAUAACGAAGGGAAGAAUGGUUUUCCUCUACCUGAAACCACAGGAUCCCAUCGCUCCAGGACAUCACCCACGUGGUCAUCCAAUGAGUUGGUCUCCUUGGAAGGGAAAAUCUAUGUUUGCUACGAAUGCGGCAAGUGCAUCGUCUAUGAGACUGACCUCCAGCAGGAGGAGGCAGGCACGAGCUCACCCCUGUGCUGCGACUGUGACAAAGCCACUCCAUUCAAGCCCUUCCUCUGCGUCAAGUGUGGCAAGUCGUUCUCCAGCAAGAUGGUGUUCAUGGCCCACCAGAGUGUUCACACCGGCGGGCAGUCCUUCCCAUGCGGUGAGUGUGGAUUGACCUUCUCCAACAAGUCCAUCCUGGAGACUCACCAGAGCAUUCACACUGGGGACCCCGGCCCUUCUCCUGCUUGGAGUGCGGAAAGUGCUUCGCCAUGAAGGCCAACCUGGUGAAACAUCUGAAGGUCCACAAGGGGGAGAAGCCUUUUCCCUGCCAAGAAUGCGGCAAACGUUUCGGCAUGAAGUCCAACUUGGUGAAGCAUCAGCGAGUUCACACUGGGGAGAAACCCUUUGAGUGCGCCCAUUGCGGGAAGACCUUUGGCAUGAAGUCCAACCUAGUUAAGCACCAGCGCAUUCACACAGGUGAAAAACCCUUCAAGUGCCUUGAGUGUGGCAAGUGCUUUGCCAGCCGAUCUAACCUGACCACGCAUGAGAAAAUUCACACAGGAGAAAAGCCUUUUGCCUGUUCCUUUUGCGGUAAGGGGUUUAUCACCAGCUCCGACCUAUCGCGGCACCAGAAGAUCCAUACUGGCGAACGGCCCUUCAUGUGCUCUGACUGUGGCAAGACUUUCAUUAGCAAGUCCAUUCUUACGGCCCACCAAAAAUCUCACACAGGAGACAAGCCUGCCCUUGCUUUCAACAUUGUUCCCAAGCGUUUGGACAGCUGCUAG